AUGAUUGUGAUGUGUUGUCGGUCUUGCUGUCAUAGCGACAUUGAUGAAAAUCGACGAACGGCCAGCCAACGUGUCGCAGAUAUGGAGGGAAUACGAAAGCUGCGUCCUCGACCCAAACUUCGCUUUCAACAUCGUUUAGCUUUUCUUGUCGUAUGUUUCGUGCUACGUAGCGUAGCUACUGCACUCUACGCUACAGCACCCGCCGGAGACAAUGACAGUCGAAUACUGGCUGCUCUUUGUGGCGCGUCACUCGCAUUUCUAUUCCUCACACUUAUAUUAGACUUAUAUCGUUAUUCGGUAUGGUGGCAUUACACGCCACAAAAUGAUACUCAUUGCUAUUGCCGAUCGAGGAAACAUGAACGAUAUAUACCAUAUCACUUGAUAGGCGAUGAUCGGGAUGCAAAUAUGUUAGGCGAUCGGCCGUGUACGAAAGAAGAUUCAUGUCGCAAGACGAGACUCGAUCAUAUUACCGUUUUCCAUUCGCGCGACUAUAAGCCACAGCGUCGUUGGCGAGACGUGAAGGAUGAUCCGGAUAAUAACCAUACAUUUCGUUGCACAAAAUGUGAUAAGAAAGGCAAUAAGCCGCAUUAUAUCGGGUUUCAUACCACUACACCCGAAGCUGCCAAAUCCAUUGCGCGCAGUCAUUUUCGACCAAGCUGGAAAGGAAUGCUUGGCGCCGGGGUGUAUUUCGCCCGUUCACCCGCAGUGUCAAUGGGAAAGGCGAACCAUAGGGGCGCUUGGAUUGUUGCCGAGAUCCGUAUGGGGCGAGUGUUUGAAAUUGAACGACCACUUAUUAUGGGCGGAAGCCAGACGUACGAUGCUGAAAAAGCCGACUUUGUUAGAUUGUCAGCAUGGCACACAGAAUAUGAUACGUGCUAUCUCGUGCACAAUGAAGAUAAUCGCGAUGAAUUUUGUAUUAAAGAUCCAGCGACGCAAAUCAUAAAAUGGACGAUCGUGGUCCAGAAAGAAUUUGACAGCAAAGUGGCAAGCUAUGGACUCGAUACAGAAUUCGACUCGACCGAAUGUUAUUGUAUUUAA